UUGCGAGGUCCCGGAACUGGGCGCGGGGAAUCCUGUUACUGGUCCGGACCUUGACAGCAGCUGCUCCCCGAAGAUCCCAAGGUCGGCGCGGAACACGCACGAGGCGGUUGGAGGCUGGCGGAGGACCCAGGCCGCAGCGGCGAACGGAGGAGAGCUAGACCGGCCUGGCUGGCGGUGCCAUUUGCUCUGUGCAUCCACUAUCCGGCCCCGGCCAGAGCUGACAAAGGGCGUGGGUGUCGGGUGGGGGAUAGAGGAAGGAUCUAGGUUAAAUAAAUUUUUCUGCAGAUUCAGUGCCAUUAAGUCCUGCGAGCCCAUACUGUUUAAAAAAAAAAAAAAUGAAGAAAUUAAGGCUUAAGGAACUAGAGAGUCGCCUGCAACAAGUAGAUGGAUUCGAAAAGCCCAAACUACUUCUAGAACAGUAUCCGACCAGGCCUCACAUUGCAGCAUGUAUGCUUUAUACAAUCCAUAACACAUAUGAUGACAUUGAACAUAAAAUGGUUGCAGAUCUAGGAUGUGGUUGUGGAGUGCUUAGCAUCGGAACUGCAAUGUUAGGAGCAGGGUUAUGUGUUGGAUUUGACAUAGAUGAAGAUGCAUUGGAAAUAUUUAAUAGGAAUGUGGAAGAGUUUGAGUUAACAAAUGUUGACAUGAUUCAGUGUGAUGUGUGCUCCUUAUCUAAAAUGUCCAAGUCAUUUGACACAGUAAUUAUGAAUCCUCCCUUUGGAACCAAAAAUAAUAAAGGAACAGAUAUGGCUUUUCUGAAGAUUGCAUUGGAAAUGGCAAGAACAGCAGUAUAUUCUUUACACAAAUCCUCAACUAGAGAACAUAUUCAAAAGAAAGCUGCAGAAUGGAAAAUCAAGAUAGAUAUUAUUGCAGAACUGCGGUAUGACCUACCAGCAUCAUACAAAUUUCAUAAGAAGAAAUCAGUGGACAUUGAAGUGGACCUAAUUCGGUUUUCUUUUUAAAAGCCUUCAAAGACAAAAGCAGUCUAAAACCUAAUUAUUAAAAUGAAUAAAAAAAUUUUUUUUACUAAACUACUGGUCUCCAGCACCAUUUUCUGUUUUCUGUUGUUUAGAUGCAGGUUCGUGUAUGUCUAGUUCUGGUUCUUCUCUUGCUCUUUUUACUGCUCC